GGCAAAAGGAUACAGCAAGUUUUGAAAAGUUCUGCAUAUGAAUAUGAUGUCUAUGAAAUGGCUCUCAUUUCUGCUGCUGCUACAGCUGACUUGCUACUUCAACUCUGGAAAUUGUGGAAAGGUGCUUGUGUGGCCAGUGGAAUAUAGUCAUUGGAUAAAUAUAAAGACAAUUCUGGAAGAACUGGUCUCAAGGGGUCAUGAGGUGACUGUUAUGACAUCUUCAGCUUCCAUUUUCAUUAAUACCAAAAAAGAAUUUGGUAUUAAAUUUGAGAAUUUCCCUGUAUCUUUAACUAAAGAUGAUUUUCAGUAUAUUUUCCAGUGUUUGCUUGAGAAAUGGACAUAUAUGGAAAAAGAUUCAUUUUUGUCAUAUUUUUCAGCAGUGCAAAGUUUAUUUUGGGAAUAUUCUGAUGUUACUAUGAAGAUAUGUAAAGACCUUGUUUCAAACAAGAAACUUAUAACAAAACUACAGGAAUCAAGUUUUGAUGUCAUUCUUGCAGAUGCCAUUGGACCCUGUGGUGAACUGCUAGCUGAGAUACUUAAAGUACCUUUAGUGUACAGUCUCCGCUUCUCUCCUGGUUUUUCAAUUGAAAAGUAUAGUGGGGGGCUUUCAUUUCCACCAUCCUAUGUACCUGUUGUUAUGUCAGAAUUAAGUGAUCAAAUGACAUUCAUGGAGAGGGUAAAAAAUAUGAUAUAUGUACUUUAUUUUGACUUUUGGUUCCAGACAUUUAAUGAGAAGAAAUGGAAUCAAUUUUACAGUGAAGUACUAGGAAGACAGACUACAUUAUCAGAGACAAUGGGAAAAGCUGAAAUGUGGCUCAUUCGAACCUACUGGGAUUUUCAAUUUCCUCACCCACUACUACCAAAUUUUGAAUUUGUUGGAGGCCUUCACUGCAAACCUGCCAACCCCCUGCCUAAGGAAAUUGAAGAGUUUGUCCAGAGCUCUGGAGAAAAUGGUAUUGUGGUGUUUACUUUGGGGUCAAUGAUCACUAACAUUACAGAAGAAAGAGCUAAUACAAUUGCAUCAGCCCUUGCCCAGAUUCCACAAAAGGUGCUAUGGAGAUACAGUGGCAAAAAACCAGACACCUUAGGACCCAAUACUCGGCUGUAUGACUGGAUCCCUCAGAACGACCUGCUUGGUCAUCCAAAAACCAAAGCCUUUGUAACUCAUGGUGGAACCAAUGGCAUUUACGAGGCCAUCUACCAUGGGAUCCCUAUGGUGGGCAUACCUUUGUUUGCUGAUCAACCUGAUAACAUCGCUAAUAUGAAGGCCAAGGGAGCAGCUGUCAGAUUGGACUUGGAAACAAUGUCAACAAGAGAUUUGUUUAAUGCAUUGAACGAAGUCAUUAAUAAUCCCUUAUAUAAACAGAAUGUGAUGUGGUUAUCAACCAUUCAACGUGAUCAGCCUAUGAAGCCCCUGGACCGAGCAGUCUUCUGGAUCGAGUUCGUCAUGCGCCACAAAGGAGCCCAGCACCUGCGGCCAGCCUCCCACGACCUCACCUGGUACCAGUACCAUUCUCUGGACGUGAUUGGGUUCCUGCUGGCAUGUGUGGCAACUGCAGCAUUUGUCAUCACAAAAUGUUUUCUGUUUUGUUACCGAAAGUUUCUUAAAACAGGAAAGAAGAAGAGGGAGUAGCUGUGUGUGAGGCCUGAGGCAGAUAUGCCCCAUAGCUGGAACUCUUCUAGCUAAUUCCAACAGGAAGGAGUUAAGGCUCCCAUCCUCCUGUGACAAAAUGGCUAGUCACAGUUUAGCACCUCAGAUCAGAAUUAGUUUUUAAGGGAUUUUCUAUGCUUAUGAGUAGAAAUAUGUCAUGCCAGAGAAAGUUAAAUAAAAAUAAUACUAUAUGAGUAUAUAUUGAAAUUCAUAUAUUUAUUUUAUUCAUUUUGAUUUUAAUUCAAAAGUUAUACAAAAAAGUAUUGAAUAUAACAUUUCACAGAUUGUGCACAGAAACAAGUUUAUUCAUAGUAUCCAUGUUAUUUUGUAGAUAUUCAGAUUAUUUUAAUUUCAUUUCGAUGCAGAAUUUUAUAGUUUUAUCUUGCUACAGAAACUGUACAAUAAUCAGAACUGUGUUGAUUCACCUUUUUGUUUCAUUUAUGAGACCAGUAACACUUCUUGCUUUACACUGUGUAUCCAGCCUCACCAUUAUUUCAUACCUAAAGCCAUGACGUAACAUUUGCCUUCAUACAGUUUAACUCAUUUCCCAGUGGAAUGCUUGUGGAAUUAGAAAUAUAGCCUCUGCUACCUGCUUCCUUUUAAUAAAAUAAAAACUGAGAUAUGGAAAA